CAGUGACGUAGAUCAAACGUAGAUGGCGUUUCGAAUACGAAGCAAAACGUCAACAUUAACGUCGUGAAAUUUUGGUUUCUUACUGUUUCUUUAAUUCCUAGCAAGUAUGGAAUCGGGAUUGAAAAAGGGCCCCAAGAAGAUAGAAAUAUCAUCAAGCUCGUUGGUUGCCUUGAAAGCUGAGUUGUUGAACAAACAAAGUCAAGUUCAAAAGGUGAAACAAGAUGGGUUUCAAACCAUUAGGAAUCGAUCGACAAGAAAGCCAGUAGCUGUAAAACAGAAUAGUGGUGUCGAAGCUCGAGCUAAGCGAGAUGAAGAACAAAAAGAUGAAGAUCAGCCAACUUUAGACAAGUCGAGACUUAUACUUGAGGAGAAAGCCAAGCUAUAUGAACGACUAUCCAGAGACAAAGCAAUUCUAGAUGAAGAAACAAUUUCUGAAGAUCAGUCAUUCUUUCUUGUAGAUUUCCAGCAAAAAGUUGUUCAACACACUAUUACAGAAAGGAGGACACAGAAAGUAAUUUCAAGUAAAAUCCAAGAAGAAACCUCAUCUGAUGAAGCUGGUAACGAAGAAUAUACAGCUGCUAAUCCAGAUGAAGAAUGGGUUGACUACGUGGACUCAUUUGGACGAACUAGAAGAUGCCUAAAAAAAGACUUGACUGUUUUUCAGCAGAGAGAUGCAGAGCUCAACAAGCAACCAGGUGCCUCAUCAACGACUACCCCAUACGGAAAUUUCGUGACUUCUAGCCAACAAAAUUCCAGUGAGGAUCCCCAGAAUAUAUCAGGUUUAGACGAAGAAGCGCGGAAACGUCAGCGGCUACUCUGGGAAAAGGAGGAGGAGGAGAACAGGCAGAAAUCAAAAGUUCACUAUCAAGACAUCCUUUAUCAAGAGGCGCGACAACAUGGUGUGGGUUUCUAUUCAUUUUCAAAGGAUGAAGAGGAACGUGCAAAGCAAAUGGAAGAAUUGGAAAGAAUUAGGAAACAGACUGAGAUGGCUCGAGCGCAGACGGCACAAACUUCCUUGGAUAAACAGUCAGCAUUGGAAGCACGUUUAAAAAAAGUUCGGGAUCGUAAGCGACAGAAAUUGGGAUUACCUCCUCUGAAAGAACAACCCAAACGUCUACCCACCCCCUCCGCUGCAGAGCCUGAAGCUCCUCCUGCCGCGGACAGUGCCAAAGAGGCGGAAGAUAAAAUGAGAAAAUUGGCUGCCGGAGGAUUGCCCCAGUCUGCCAAAAUCAGACCUUGGGAUUUUGGCAAAGAAGGUGUCCCAAUCCCUAAGAAACCUGUUAUGAGUCAGCACAGCUGGGUUGAGAAGAAACGAGAAGAGCGAAAGCAAGAAUUUGCGCCCCCUUCCGCCUUUACGGAGAAUGAAAUGUCGAGGCCAAGGAAGUUCGCCAAGCAUCAGGAGUCGGCCACGAAAACCGAUCCGGUUAUUACCGAGGAUUCCAUUAUCGCAGGAUUAGCUUAUAUAAGAAAGAUGCAGUUUCCCUUUCCUGGCCCUCAGCCAUCGUCUUCCAAUAAAUGUGAAGAAGAUAUUGACGAAGAAAACGAUGACAACUUAAUGCCCCCCGGAGAGACGGACGAGCCUCAGUUAUCAGAACCUUCAUCUAGAUGGCGAUCAGUACCCAGCCGAGGAGCAGAAAUUGCACCGCCACCCUCGAUGGACUAUUAUAGUAACAGUUCGUCCACCACGGCACGCAGAAGUAUGCCUAGCCAACAGACGAACGUGUCGGAAUCUUUCAGUGCAGGCAUCAGCGAAAGGGAAAAUGUUGCUGGUGACAACUUGUCAACAGGAAAAGCAGCACGGUGUCCCAAGUGGGAUUUCUCUGUUUGAACCAUAUGUUCGCGGAAUAUACUAUGCGUCAACACUAA